AUGGAAAGGUACGGGACCUGUCUAGCCUUCAUCUUGCUGUUCGCCGUCGUGCCGUGCCCUUCGGCGUCGGCGCCGGCGCCGGAGCCAGCGGCUGAGCACACGCUAGGCGCCGGCUCCUCUCUGUCCGUGGAAGACCGCGCACGGCCGUUCCUGACUUCCCCCGACGGCGCGUUCUCCUGCGGCUUCCAGGAGGCCGGCGAGAACGCCUUCUCGUUCUCCGUCUGGUACACCGGCGCCGCCGAGAAGACCGCCGUCUGGACGGCGAACCCCGGCGCCCCCGUGAACGGCCGGGGCUCUAGGAUCUCGUUCCGCCGCGACGGUGGCCUUGCCCUCGACGACGCCAACGGGACCACGGUGUGGGAGAGCAAGACGAGUGGCGGCGGCGGCGGCGGCGCCGUGACCAUCUCCCUCCUCGACACCGGCAACCUCGUCAUCACCGGCCCGUCCACCGGUACGGGCGGCCGCGCCGUGUGGCAGAGCUUCGACUGGCCGACGGACACGCUGCUCCCGUCGCAGCCGCUCACCAAGCAUAUGAAGCUCGUCGCGGGAUACUUCAGCCUCUACUACGACAACGACAACGUCCUGCGGCUCCUGUACGACGGCCCCGAGAUCUCGAGCAUCUACUGGCCGAAUCCGGGCAACAAUCCCUUCGAUAACGGCCGGACAACCUACAACAGCUCGAGGAUCGGCGUCCUCGACGGCAACGGCGCGUUCCUGUCGAGCGACAACCUGGGAGUCAAUGCCUCCGACCUCGGCCGCCCCGGCGUCAAGAGACGGCUCACCAUCGAUCCCGACGGCAACGUGAGAAUCUACAGCCUGAACGCGUCGACUGGGGGCUGGACGGUGACAAGGGCGGCGCUGGCGCAGCCGUGCUCCGUGCACGGGCUGUGCGGCCCGAACGCGGUCUGCGAGUACCAGCCGAGCCUACAGUUGUCCAACGGGCCGAGCCCGGCCCGACCCAGCACGAUUAGGUCCGGCACGAUUAGCCCGGAUAACUAA